CCCUCUGAGGAACCAGCCCGUCUGCCUCUCGCGAGAGGCCGCAAUACCUCGCGCAUGCGCGGUACCGUGGCGCGGAGACUUAUUUCGCAACCGAUACUAAUUUAACGCCGGACAGUACCUUCUGGAACCAGCGGCCUUCGGAAACUUCUAUCUUUAGGAAACGGUGGGGGGAAGCUCGAAGACACAGACGGGAACUUUUAGAACCCAGGAGCCAAGAAGUGAUAGAAUUUAGUCAUUUCUUAAAGCUAUGAAAUUGGGGAUUUCUGGGUAGUGGGUCCCAGCGAGAAACCCACUUACUUAAGGGAUUAGUUUCUCCCGCCUUCUCGCCCGGCUCCUGGGGGAUGGUAGGACCAACUUCCGGUCUCGUUUUAAGCGGCUGGAAAUCUCGCGAUGGAGCGCGGAGGUGCCCCCCUGGAAGCCCUGCAAGGAGGAGGUCGGUCACUGUGUGGCCCUCCCAUGAGCUUGGAAGCUGACUGCUUGAAGACAAGGCGCUGGGGGCUCUUCCUGACCGGGGCUGUUGGCGGGACACUCGCAGCCCUGUACGCUGUGGCCACGCCGUUCCUGAUGCCAGCCCUCCGCAGAGUCUGCCUGCCCUUCGUCCCGGCGACGCCGCGGCAGGUGGAGAAUGUGAUGAAGGUGCUGCGCGGCAGGAACGGGCCCCUGGUGGACAUCGGCAGCGGCGACGGGCGCGUCGUGAUAGCAGCUGCAAAGGAGGGGUUCCCGGCCGUUGGUUAUGAACUAAAUCCGUGGCUGGUUUGGUACUCCAGAUACCGCGCAUGGCGAGAAGGCGUGCGUGACUCUGCCAGAUUUUACAUCUCAGAUUUGUGGAAGGUCACGUUUUCGCAGUACACAAACGUGGUUAUUUUCGGAGUGCCUCAGAUGAUGCCGCAGUUGGAGAAGAAACUUGAGCUCGAACUCAAGGAAGGUGCCAGAGUCAUUGCUUGCCGCUUCCCAUUCCCGCACUGGAUCCCAGACCACGUCACAGGCGAGGGGAUAGACACCGUGUGGGCGUAUGAUGUGAGCACGUUCCGAGGAGGUGCAAGGGAAGCCGGGAUGCCAAAGUACUCCCCGUCAGCUGUGCAUGUUCAUACUCAAUGAGUGUGUUUCCUGAGGUGCGAGGGGUCCCGGGACGCUGACAUACUCCCCGUUGGCUGUGCACGUUCACACUUACUGAGCAUGUUCUUGAAGUGCAAGGGGACCCGGGACACCAGCACACUCCCUGUCAGCCGUGCACGUUCACACUCACUGAGCGUGUUUCUGAAGUGCAAGAGGACCCGGGACACCAGCACACUCCCUGUCAGCCUUGCACGUUCACACUGAGCGUGUUUCCUGAAGUGCCAGGGGACCCGGGACACCAACGCACUCCCUGUCAGCCGUGCACGUUCACACUCACUGAGCGUGUUUCUGAAGUGCAAGGGGACCGGGGACACCAACACACUCCCUGUCAGCCUUGCACGUUCACACUGAGCGUGUUUCCUGAAGUGCAAGGGGACCCGGGACACCAACACACUCCCUGUCAGCCUUGCACGUUCACACUGAGCGUGUUUCCUGAAGUGCAAGGGGACCCGGGACACCAACACACUCCCUGUCAGCCUUGCACGUUCACACUGAGCGUGUUUCCUGAAGUGCCAGGGGGCCCGGGACACCAACGCACUCCCUGUCAGCCGUGCACGUUCACACUCACUGAGCGUGUUUCUGAAGCGCCAGGGGACCCGGGACACCAACACACUCCCUGUCAGCCUUGCACGUUCACACUGAGCGUGUUUCCUGAAGUACCAGGGGGCCCGGGACACCAACGCACUCCCUGUCAGCCAUGCACGUUCACGCUCACUGAGCGUGUUUGCUGAAGUGCUGGCUUUUCAUUUUAGAGGAGCUGCCUGCACACAUUAGCAGACUUCUCGGGGCGGAACGGGAAGUCGCUGUCCUGAACAAACAGAAGAAAUACGGGCAGGUUUAGACUCCCCUUCCGUGGCUCACCCUGAGCACUGUACUCACUGCUCUUCGUGCUGCUGGAUGUCUGCAGACAGGAUCUACUGCAGCCCGAGCUGGGCAGGGAGGCUUCCACAGCCCCCCACCGUGAGGAGUGUGGGUUAACGCCUCGAAGAGAAGACAUGACGUGUUAGCAAAUGCUUGCCGUUUCUACAGCUGCAAAAUAAAGGAAUAAAGUUUCUUUAUUCAUACUGAAGAUUUAUCUCUUCUGUGUACUUCAUGGCAAAAUUAAUUUUCUAAAUGAUUUAGGGAGAUAUUUGUAUUUUAUAACAUUUGUUAGGAAUAAUUUGUUCCAGGGCCAGUGAAGUACCUUAUUGUAUUGAAUCUGAGAUAUACGUUUGCUUGCAUGUAUGUGUGUGUGUGUGUGUGUGUGUGUGUAUACACAUUUUAGCAUUUCGGAAAUUUUGGCAUGCCUUCCAGUCGAUGGAGUUUCAUAAUUUUGAUUGGCGUUGUAUGUCAUGAUGUAGCUGUAUCAACUCUGAUUGACAGUGUCUUCAAUUUGAUGAGUAUGGUAUUCAGAGAAGCUAUGUGGUGUGGUAGAAUAAUUGGUAGCGAUUUAAUAAUAAAACAAGCGAUUGUGAGCUCUGGAGUAAGCCAGCCCUGUGGUCAGAUGUUGGCCUCAUCUGCAGGGGGCCGUGAUCUUGGACUUAGCUCUGAGCCCAGAUUCCUGAGAGUUCCUGCCAUCAGGAUAGCGAUACUUUGAAUAGGCCCGGGGGCAGGUGUGUAAAAUGCAGCACACAGCCUGUGGUCCUGAGCGGAAGAGUGUCUACAUGGAAGUUGUGGAUUACUCCUGCUAGUUACUUCUCUUAUAAAAGCUGCUGUUUGUUUAAUAUUUCUCAUUUAUGAGGAGACUUGGCUGAUUUAGAUAAAAGACACGUGGAGGAAAACCUUCAAAUGUGAGGAGACAGACUUCAUAUAUCUGAAAAUUAAUACUGAGUGGCGGCUCGAAUAAUUCCUGUUAUCACAGAAAUGAACACCCAGUCCUACUCUGACACCUAAAUACCAAACUGUCUUAAUGGAGAUUUGAUAAAGUGAGAUAGUUCGCAUCUUCAACUAAACUGAUAAAAAUAUGAUCAAUUUGGUAAUUUCCAUUUAAAUGAGAAGCAACCAGGGACCCAUUCAUUCAUUGAGCAAACGUUUAUAGCAUGUCUAUGGUCCCUGGCUGGUGCAAACACUUAAGCAUUUGGCUGCUAACCAAAGGUUGGAGGUUCGAGUCCACCUAGAGUCCCUUUGGAGGAAACCCCUGGCCAUAUAUGUCCAAAAAUGAGCUGUUGAAAACCCUGUGGAGCACAGUUCUACUCUGACACACAUGGGGUCGUCAUGAGUCAGAGUCGACACCAACUGGGAAAAAAAGAAAAAAAGUUGUGUAGAUUCAGCAGUGACUGGACACACAGGGCCCCUACCCUCAUGGAAUUUAUAUUCUAGACAGGGAGACAUGCAGACAGACGAGUGCCCUUCAGUAUGGUAAGUUCUCUGAGACAAGUAAGCUGUGAGAGAGAGCAGCUAUGAGACCUGGGAGUAUUGUGGGUGUUGGCCAGGGUCUUGGUGGCCCACACGGACCCCUCCUCAGUAGCCCCUGAUCCCUUUGAGGAGAAUGGAUUGCUUCAUGGAAGUGCUGGGAUUCACAGUCUUCUGGAUCUUUAGUUGCUUUUUGAAACGAUGCCUUAUUAAGUGAACUCUACAACAAGGACUGUCCUGUGUAGGUUAUUGUGACCUCUGUCCCUGGCUGGCCUGAAUUGUUAUCAAUUACUGGGUUAAGAAUAUUGAUCAAAUUUGCAUACAACACAGAGCAGGGCCUGGGAGCUGCUAUGUUAAUGCCAAAAAUGGCGUUCUGCAAUGUCUGUAUGGAUUGCAAUCAGGGGCAGGUGCUAACAUGACAAAGUUUAAAGUUAAAACCAAGAAUGCAAACACAGCUUAGGGGUGAUGUGGGGAGGCCUGGAGGCCCACCUCAGGUCUGUGACUGAGCGUGUCCCCAUGGGAACGCAUCUUUGCCCAGAAGCCUGGCCCCAGGAUGACGACCCUUGUGUCCCCAGGUGCACGGUGGGCCCUUCAGACCCUUGGACAGCCCUGGCCUGCAGGCUGCCCUCAAUGUUAGCUCCACCAUGGGCUCCUGAACCCAAGUUUACACAUUUAAACCUGAGACUCUCCCAGAUACACCAUGCCUGCCAUGGCCGGGUGACACCAAGCUCUGUGACAGGUCAGCCAGACGACACGGAGAAC